CGCUUGCAGGAGCCCUCCCUCCCUCAAGAACCACCCUCAACCCUGGGCCUCGGCUACUUUAAGGGCUCCAGAGCCAGCCCACAUUGACACAGUCCCCACUCACCCACGGUCCAGGAUGGAGGCUGGGACUGGGCCUCUGCUCUCUACACUUCUGGGGCUGCUGCUCCUUUCCACGCCCGGGACUCGAGGUGCCAACCCCGCCCUGGUGGCCCGGAUCACCGACAAGGGCCUGGAGUACGCGGCCAAGGAGGGGCUGUUGGUGCUGCAGACAGAACUACAGAAGAUCACGCUGCCUGACUUCACCGGGGACUUCAAGAUCAAACAUGUGGGCCGUGGGCGUUAUGAGUUUCACAGCCUGGAGGUCCAGAGCUGUGAGCUGCGUGGCUCCUCCUUGAAGCCGCUCCCAGGCCAAGGCCUGAGUCUGGCCAUCUCCGACUCUUCCAUCGGGCUCCGAGGCAAGUGGAAGGCACGCAAGUCCUUCCUGAAACUGCAGGGCUCCUUUGACCUGAAUGUCAAGGGUAUUGCCAUCUCAGUGAACCUCCUGCUGGGCAGCGAUCCCUCAGGGAGGCCCACGGUCACUGCCUCCAGGUGCAGCAGCCGCAUCUAUGACGUGGACAUGGACAUAUCAGGAAAUGUGGGGUGGCUGCUGAAUCUCUUCCACAACCAGAUCGAGUCUAAGAUCCGAAAAGUAUUGGAGAACAAGGUUUGUGAGCUGAUCCAGAAGUCUGUGACCUCUGACCUGCAGCCUUAUCUCCAAACCCUGCCAGUCACUGCGGAGAUCGAUGACGUCCUGAGCAUUGACUACAGUUUGGUGGAGGCUCCCCGUGCAACGGCCCAGAUGCUAGAUGUGAUGUUUAAGGGUGAAAUUUUUAAUCGGAAUCACCGGUCCCCGCCUACCUCCCCUACUCCGAUGAUGAGCCUACCUGAAGACAAGUGUAAACAAAUGGUCUACUUUGCCAUCUCAGACCAUGCCUUCAACAUAGCCAGUCGGGUCUAUCACCAGGCUGGGUACCUGAACUUCACCAUCACAGAUGACAUGUUACCACCUGAUUCCAACAUCCGGCUGAACACCAAGGCCUUCCGCCCCUUCACUCCCCAGAUAACCAGAAGGUACCCCGACAUGAACUUGGAGCUCCGUGGAGCAGUGGUCUCUGCCCCACUCCUGAAUGUCAGUCCUGGGAAUCUAUCCUUGGCCCCUCAGAUGGAGAUAGAAGGCUUUGUGCUCCUGCCCAGUUCCACCCCGGAGUCUGUCUUCCGGCUUGGUGUGGUCACCAAUAUGUUUGCCUCAUUGACCUUCAACAACAGCAAGGUCACCGGGAUGCUGCAUCCAGAGAAGGCCCAAGUGAAACUGAUAGAGUCCAAAGUCGGCACAUUCAACGUGAACCUGUUUCAGGCGUUCCUCAACUACUACCUUCUCAACACCCUCUACCCUGAUGCCAACAAUGAGCUGGCCAAGGGCUUCCCUCUCCCUCUUCCAAGGAAUAUUCAACUUCACGACCUUGACCUCCAGAUCCACAAGGGCUUCCUAUACUUGGGUGCCAAUGUCCAGUACCUAAGAGGCUGAGGACAAGAAGAUGGACCCUGGAGACCACAGCUGGACCUGCCAUUUGCAAUUCCAGAUGUGCAACAUCUGGAGAUUUUGGACUCUGGAGACUCCCAGAACACAAAAGAUGUUUCUGUUUCUGGCUCUAGUGGACCCCGUCCCCAUAGUCCUCCUCAUAUGCGCUCUCUUGACCCGGACUUGACUCUCUGUUCCAGGAAGUCCCACCCCCGCCCCACUGACCUGGAAUAGCUUUGAAAGCAGGCACUGUGGUUAAAAGCAGAACCUGUGGUUUUGAAGUCACCAUCUAAUCUUUAUAUCUGGCAGUAUUGGUACGUAGUAGGUCCUCAAUAAAUAUUUAUAG